GUUAUGUGUUCGCCACUCACAAUAUUGCACAGCUUGUUUGCGUAGACAAAGCUCAGUCUGACUUUCACAAAGCAGACUCCUUAUAGAGAAACUACACUUUGAUUGUCUCUGUGUGCUGAUAUUUGAUUCACAUCAUUUGUCAUGUAUUCAUGAGAUGAAAAACAUCUUUUCUUAAAGUAAAAAGUUACAUUUUCUUUUAAAGACUUGCACCUUUAGAUCUUUUACACUCGAUAGUUGAAUGGAAAUGAUACCUUGAAUGCACCUAUGGUUGCCUUGGAUAAAAGCGUCUGCAAAAGUUAAAUCGUAAUACAUUUUUUAAUACUUCAGCUUCCUCCAUACUCCACCUGCUUCCUGCAUAGCUCGAGGCCUUCUGACCCCACAGAAGAAUCCCAAUGGAGCUGUCAUGGCCCACAUUUCCUCUUAAUAUCUUUCUCACUCCCAAAUCCUCACUUCCUGAUGUCAGCUGUCCACAACACGAGCUGCUGCUUAUCAACCGACUGCUGACUCAAGUCAUUCAAAAAACGAAAUAAACUGAAAUAACUCCUGAACAGUGAGCACACAAAAAAGAGUUUUCCAGACUUCGGAAUGUUGUUCUUGGCAGCCAUGUGGCCGACCAGCUAAUGGGUUAACAGAGCUCGGAGGAGCGAUUGGUUUGUUUCAGACCGACUCUCACUAGUUGGAUAAAGAUUUGUUAGAAAACAUUGUUCAGUUGAAGUGAGAUUAGUUGCUCUGAAGAAGUGUUUAGUUUCUGAGCAGAUUUUAAUAUUGGACUUUUCAAUGGACAGUUAACGGUGGAUGUUUUUUCAAAACAAUGACAUUAGACCUUUUUAUCUGGACUUUAUAUUUUACAUUUUUGUUCCAUGGAUGAUGCCAAUCUGAAAUGAAAUUCAUGAAAUGGAUGUAAUCAAAGCAAUGAUAUUUCUUACUUUGGCAUAUCCUAAUGCUGUGUGUGAAUCAUCUCUGUUUGUGCUACUGCAGAAGUAUUGCGAAGCUCUUUCUGCUCUGCACAACAUUACAGGUCUCUACUGUAACGCAACGACGGAUGAGAUCGGAACUUGCUGGCCCAGAAGCAACUCUGAUCGUGUAGUUGAGCGACCGUGUCCGGAGUACAUCAACGGCGUCAAAUACAACACUACUAGAAGCGCAUAUAGAGAGUGCUUGGAAAAUGGCACAUGGGCGCUGAAGAGUAACUACUCCAACUGUGAGCCCAUUUUAGAGGAAAAGAGGAAAUACCCUAUGCAUUAUAAGAUAGCCCUCAUUAUAAAUUACUUUGGUCACUGUAUAUCUGUUGGAGCUCUAGUUAUCGCCUUCAUUCUCUUCAUGUGCUUAAGGAGCAUCCGAUGCCUUCGCAAUAUAAUCCAUUGGAACUUAAUUACGACGUUCAUUCUAAGGAAUGUAAUGUGGUUUUUGCUUCAGUUGAUUGACCACAACAUUCAUGAGACCAAUGAGCCCUGGUGUCGUCUCAUAACAACAAUCUAUAAUUACUUUGUGGUGACCAAUUUCUUCUGGAUGUUUGUGGAGGGCUGUUAUCUCCACACAGCUAUUGUGAUGACAUAUUCCACAGACAAGCUCAGAAAAUGGGUCUUCCUCUUCAUCGGAUGGUGUAUACCGUGUCCAAUAAUUGUAGCGUGGGCCAUUGGAAAGCUUUACAGGGAAAACGAACAAUGCUGGUUUGGGAAAGAACCUGGAAAAUAUAUAGACUACAUUUAUCAAGGGCCUGUGAUUCUAGUUCUUCUUAUCAACUUUGUGUUCCUGUUCAACAUUGUACGCAUUUUAAUGACAAAGCUAAGAGCCUCCACCACAUCUGAAACAAUACAAUACAGGAAAGCUGUGAAGGCAACUUUGGUACUGCUGCCGUUGCUCGGUAUAACGUACAUGCUGUUCUUUGUGAAUCCAGGAGAGGAUGACAUAUCUCAGAUAGUCUUUAUCUAUUUCAACUCAUUUCUACAAUCGUUUCAGGGAUUCUUUGUGUCAGUAUUUUACUGCUUUCUUAAUGGCGAGGUGCGAUCCGCAGCCAGAAAGCGCUGGCAUCGCUGGCAGGAUAACCAUGCUUUGCGAGUUCGAGUGGCAAGGGCUAUGUCCAUACCCACCUCGCCCACCCGCAUCAGCUUUCACAGCAUCAAACAGACCACGGCAGUCUGACCUUUGCACGAUUGCUUUUGCUCAUUUCUAAUUCAGCCACACAGAUGGACUGCAAGUGUGUGGCGCGCUGGCGCGAGACACAGAGUGAUUGUUUGCCUUUCUGAUGGCCUGAUGUGUGUCUUCCAGUAACCUGUGAAUUUAAUUUAUGAAUUUUAAAAAACGUCCUUCUCAAUCAGCCGUUUCUUACCGUUUUAAUAAUACACUCUGAGAAAAAAUGGUACAAAACCAUUUGGACGGUACCCCUUAACUCUUUCCCUGCCAGCAUUUUUUUUAAGUUGCCAGCCAGCGCCAUUUUUCAUUAUUUUCACAAAAGUUUAAUGCCUUCCAAUGUUCGUCUUUAAAUAUAUGAACAUACAAUAUAUAAAAUGAAAGAGCAGACCCUCUGCUUUCAAAAAAAAACAUUUUAUCCUACCUUCAUUAGUUCUCUUUUUAUCACCUCUCAAAUAUGGGUAGGUUUCUUCAAAAACACAAAAUUUUGAGCAAAAAGCUUCCUUCAAAUUCAAAGUGAUCCUCAAAACAUACACGGAGUUCUUUCUCAUUCACAUGAGGUGUUACUUUCAGGUUGUAUAAGUUGCAGACCACCUGGUGGAUAAUAGUGGUAUUGCGGAAAGCCGAAAAUUCUCGUCAUUGGCAGGGAAGCAUUUUCUUUUAAUUGCCGAGAUAACUCGUCAAUGGCGGGGAAAGAGUUAAAAAGGUCCUAAUCUGUACCAUUUACUGUAGGUCCAGAUACAGUAUGUAUACCAAUAUGAGAUACUUAUAUGCACUCUUUAAGUACAAAUGUGUACUUUUUUAAAAAGGGUAAAGCCCCAGUGAAAGCUUUUGUAUCUUGAGAGUGUAACUAAAACGUUUCCCUUUGAGCAAAUGCAGAUGGCAUGUCACUAUAUAUCAUCUGGUUUAUUUAUUAAUCAAUUUUUUAUAAUAUGUCGGCAAGCAUACUGUUAUACUUUUACAUUUUUUAUUAAUAUUCUUCUUCUGAUACUUCACAGUACAUGUAUGUCUUGAACCGUCACGCAAGCAAAUAUGAAACCCUGAAAGUUCCUAAGCAGAAAAAUCCUUUUAUAUCUUUUUAAUAUCUGUAUCUGUCAUGUCUUCUAAUGCAGAUUGCGAUCUGUUUACGCUUCUAAUGUACCAUGAGCCCUGCGGUAUCAUUCAAAUUCAUCUGUGAAGAACAGAACGUGCUGUUACUCAGCCAAUCUCGCAGGUGUUCAUAUCCCUCUGUUCUGCCAUUUUAGGCUGGUUGGUCCUGCUGGGACCCGUCUUAGGCCAGUGAACUCUGUCUGGCCUCUGUGGAACAGCUUCCUUAUCUCAUUGCAUGACAAAAUCACCUCAUAUGAUAGUGCCCGGCAGCCCGGGCUUGAGUCUACAUUAUGACCAAAGAAAUGAAAGUAGGGUGCAUGAUCAUGGAGGAAAGAAAAGUAAUAGAUGAGAAGAAAAGUAAAGAGUGGGCAGAGGUAAGAUCAAAUAUCAAGAGAAAUUAGACUUUCUUAUGGUAUGACCCCCUUAAGGUCCACCAGAUUGAAUUUUAACAGCUGUUGAGAAUUCCGUGCCAGCCAUGAUUGUGUGUUUGUGGUAUUUGAAUUUAGAAAUAUUUCCUGACCUGCGAUUUAGCUUUUUUGCCCAAAGCAGUUUACAGAGCCUCUUCCCCUGGCUAAACUGUGGCAUUAAACUGUGGAUUUGUUUCCAUAGCCCCGUAUUUCUGCAAACUUUGUGUCAGCAACCAAAAUCGUUUGUUGAAUCAAAAAUGAAAAUUAGCCCAUAUUUAAAGGAACAGUAUGUAAGAAAUCUAUAUCAAUGAAUCAUAAAAUGGCCCUAAUAUGUCACUAGACAUUAAGAAAUCAUUUUCAUUUCAAAUACUUAUAUCACUGACAACAGUGGUCUGGCCAGGAUAUUGUCAUUUAAAAAGUGGAGUUGCAGCCCUCAACUGAUGUUUAUGUUGUCAUUUUGUGUAUUGGCCACCAGUUGUGUGAUUGCAGUACCAGUUUUAGCCACAAGUUUUGUGAUUGCAAUACCAGUUUUGGCCACAAUCCUACAUACUGUUCCUUUAAUGGCGCUUUUCCAUUGCAUAGUACCCCACGGUUUGGUGUGGUUUGGGUCAGGUCAGCUUACUUUUGGGGGCUUUUCCACUGGGUGCAGUACGUAGUACCUGACUUUUUUUAGUACCACCUCGG